GCGGCCUGGCGCUUCCGGCACCGGCCGAGGUGCGGGUCGCUUCCAGAGGUGCGUGGUCGUAGCGCGAGGGAUCCUGGGGCUGCUCCAGCAAUGCGCCGCCGCCGUCUCCUGGGGCGGCUUGGGUUACCCGGGAGAUCCUGUGCCUUCAAACCCUACGAGUCCAUACUUUAAAACAAAAUGAAGAAAGUAAGGCUUAAGGAACUAGAGAGUCGCCUGCAACAAGUGGAUGGAUUUGAAAAGCCCAAGCUACUUCUAGAACAGUAUCCUACCAGGCCGCACAUUGCAGCAUGUAUGCUCUAUACAAUCCAUAACACUUAUGAUGACAUUGAAAAUAAAGUCGUUGCAGAUCUAGGAUGUGGUUGUGGAGUACUUAGCAUCGGAACUGCAAUGUUAGGAGCAGGGUUGUGUGUUGGAUUUGACAUAGAUGAAGACGCAUUGGAAAUAUUUAAUAGGAAUGCAGAAGAGUUUGAGUUAACAAAUAUUGACAUGGUUCAAUGUGAUGUGUGCUUAUUAUCUAACAGAAUGUCCAAGUCAUUCGAUACAGUAAUUAUGAAUCCUCCCUUUGGGACCAAAAAUAAUAAAGGGACAGAUAUGGCUUUUCUAAAGACUGCUUUGGAAAUGGCAAGAACAGCAGUAUAUUCCUUACACAAAUCCUCAACUAGAGAACAUGUUCAAAAGAAAGCUGCAGAAUGGAAAAUCAAGAUAGAUAUUAUAGCAGGUGGCUUUUGUUUUACAGAACUUCGAUAUGACCUGCCAGCAUCAUACAAGUUUCACAAAAAGAAAUCAGUGGACAUUGAAGUGGACCUAAUUCGGUUUUCCUUUUAAAAGCCCCCGCAAACAAAAGUAGUUUAAAACCUAUUUAAAAUGAAUAAAAAAUUGGUUUACUAAA